GAGUAUUUAUUCAGUUUCCCUGAGAAGAAGAAACGCGAAGAAUCGAAAAAUUUGUAUUGAUAUUUGCUGUUGAAGUACUGUAUAUCUUAUAUCUCCCGAAGAAAAAUGGCCGGGCUACGUUUUAUCAGCAUCAUUCUCGCAUUAUGCUUUUACGCACAUCCCAGUUUAGCUACGCCAGAUUUAAAAUUUGUGCAAGUUUUAUUUGCACAUAAGCUGUACGCCCCGUGGAAAGACGAUGCGGAAACGAACGAAACCAGCAUCCCGGAAACUUUAUCGUAUGAAUCCUUUAUUUCCGCCACGAUGAAUAUACCAGUGAAUGCCGAGUUUGACAUAUACAAUUUCGGAACGUAUUUACGCCAGGUGUACGAUGAAUUUUUAGGCGAUACGUAUACGGACAAUAUUAUGAGGACACGUACAACGGAGAAUACUUUGUCGAUCUUAUCGGCCCAACUUGUUAAUGCGGGCUUAUGGCCCCCCAAAGAAAAUCAAAUGUGGAUUGAAGGUCUCAAUUGGCAGCCAAUACCAUUUGACUAUGUAAAACUGGAGGAGGACACGUUGUUGGUCGGUUCUUUGUGUCCGAAUUUUGUGUCACAGAUGAAUCAGGUAUUGCAAACGACCGAAACGCAAAAGAUAUUAAUGCAGUAUCAAUCUUUAUUUGAUUAUCUUUCUAAAGUUACUGAAAGAAAUAUUAGCACCCCAUCGGACGUAGCUCUCUUGUAUGCUACUUUAGAAACAAUGGCUGACCGAAACGAAAUGUUACCCAAUUGGGCAAUCGACUUGUUUCCCGAUGGUGUAAUGUACAACGUCACCUUGUUGGAAUACGAUCUUCUUUCGGCGAGUCUGCUGCAAAAACAAUUAAAUGGCGGAACUUUCUUAAAAGAGAUUAUUGGCAAUUCGUUAAAAUAUAUAACAGACGACAUACCGAAAGAAAGGAAAAUAAUGUUAUACAGCGGCAAUGUUAGGAACAUCGUUGGAGUUUUGAAGAAUCUUGAUCUCUGGUCACCUCACGUCCCCAACGAGGCAGCAUUGAUAUUUGAACUUUAUUUUGAUAACAAUACGAAUACAUAUGGAAUGAAGAUUAACUAUUAUAUUAAUGAGGACGUAAUCGUUCUUUCGCUACCAAAUUGCACAAAGAUAUGUCCACUACAGACUUUAGUAAACGCCACUUUCGAUUUAAUACCCGAAAAUUCACAAUCUUUAUGUAGAUGGUCUGAAAGCUUAUCAGAAACGAAAAAUUCAAAAGAGACUAACGAAUCUAAUUCUUCGUACAAUGGAUCUAUUUCGUAUCACAACAAGAAUUUAAUAUUUGUUUUAAUGUUAUUAUUUUUUGCAGUUUUACCUUUUUAAAGCAUGUAUAUAAUGAAAUUUUACAUGGUAACUAAAGCGAAUAUGUUUUUUAUUUUUAAGCAUAACUUAAUUUUUAUGUUAAGAAGAAAAAACGUAUAAUAAUUAAACAUAACUCUAAUACGGCGAUUUGUAGAUUCGAACAUUAAUAACAUUAUGUUAUCCUCGUGCUAGAUUGCGAAAUUAGCACACGGAUGAGUGAAAAC